CUCUCCUGCACCUCAAGCACAACCAACCACAUUGGCAUUUGCAAUCCAGAAUCAGUAUGCUUGAUACUGUUGAUCGAUAGCGAAUCGUGAGUCGAACAUGUCUUCCUCACAGCCUUUCCAAGCAUCGUCGCCGCUCUCUGCGAGCGGAGGUCGUCAAAAGAAAUCGCGAUUCACCUACAGGCACCUUGCACAACUCGCUUUAUCUUCCGUUUCUUGCCCUCUCAGAGUUAUCGCACACGCAGAUCUGGAUGCUUUUUACGCGCAAUGCGAAAUGGUGCGCUUGGGUGUUGCGGAAGACCAGCCUUUGGCGGUCCAACAAUGGUAAGGACCUUCUGCUUCCUAGGACUGGAUACUCAGGCCACAAAGCUCACACUUGAUCUAGGCAAGGUUUAAUCGCGAUUAAUUACCCCGCAAGAAAAUUCGGUCUCAAUAGACAUGUUACUAUCACGGAAGCGAAGAAGCAAUGUCCGAAUUUGAUAUGCCAGCAUGUUGCGACUUGGAAAGAAGGAGAAUCGAAGUGGGCGUAUCACCCAGAUGCGGAAAAGAAUAUUUCGACGCAUAAAGUCUCGCUGGAUUCAUAUAGAUUGGAGUCCCGGAGGAUAUUGGCGUGUAUAAAGGAGAGUCUGCCAGCCAAUAUGCAGAGAGUUGAGAAGGCGAGUGUGGAUGAAGUCUUUUGCGACCUAUCGGCUCAGGUCCACUCGAUCCUUCUCGAACGCUUUCCUGAAUUAGCUGGCCCGGCACCGUAUGAUGAUCCUACCGAGAACUUACCACUACCUCCUUCUACAGCACUUGACUGGAAGGCCGAUGCUCUGGUAGACCUUGAUCCUCAGGAGACAGAAGAUGAUGAUCCCGAUUGGGACGACUAUGCCAUUUUGGUCGGUUCUGAAAUCAUCCGACAGGUCCGCGCUGAUAUCUUUGAAAAACUCAAGUACACGUGCUCCGCUGGUAUUGCGCAGAAUAAGAUGCUUGCAAAAUUAGGGUCUGCACACAAGAAGCCGAAUCAGCAGACCGUUAUCAGAAACCGCGCCGUGCAACGAUUUCUGUCUGAUUUCACGUUCACUAAGAUCAGAGGGCUCGGAGGCAAGCUAGGAGAGCAGAUAACCUCAAGUUUCAAUACUGAUACAGUUAAGGAUCUACUUCCUGUCUCCAUCGAGCAACUUAAGAACAAACUUGGCGAUGAUACAGGCACAUGGUAAGAAUCCAUUCACUCUUUUGAUUAAAUUAUUUUCAUUAUUUUGAAACAUGGAAUGAGUUGUCCAUCGAUUUGAAAAAUCUAGAGCUCCCUAUCCAUGAAAGAUGUAAGCUGACUGUUCCUUUUCUCCAAGGGUCUAUCAGAUUAUUCGUGGAAAUGAUCACAGGUGAGUUUAAAUGUUCCUCUCAAAUAUGUUGAUUGGAAUCUGACAUGUCCCUUAUAGUGAGGUCAACUCUCGCACGCAGAUCAAAUCAAUGCUGUCCGCAAAGAGUUUUAGGCCAAGCAUCAAUGACGCUGAACAAGCCAGACGAUGGCUACGUAUUUUCGUGUCGGAUAUUUAUUCCAGAUUAGUCGAGGAAGGGGUCCUUGAAAACAAGAGACGACCAAAGACCAUGAACCUGCAUCACCGCUCUGGGGGCCAGACCAAAUCUCGGCAAGCACCAAUUUCUCUCGGUAGGAAGAUUGAUGAAGCUGGGUUGUUUGAAAUUGCUACAAAUCUCCUGGGCCAAAUCAUAUUAGAGGGAAAAGUAUGGCCCUGUGCAAAUCUUAGUCUGGCGGUUGGUGGAUUUGAAGAUGGCGUGGCUGGUAAUAUGGGGAUUGCAUCAUUCCUUGUGAAAGGAGACGAAGCCAAAGCCUUGAGUGCUCGAGACUCAGAUGCUGGCGAGGCUAGGCCGGAGAAGCGAAGACGUGUUGUUCCCACCACUGGUAUUGGAAGAUUCUUCAAGACGGACAGCGCAGAGGAGCAGCAUGAUGAGGACUUCGGCGCUCACUUAUCCGGUGGGAUAGACACAUUGGCUGAUAUCGAGAGCAAGACAGCAAAGGUGGAUGAUACUGCAACAUCCGACUCGUCUCACGAGGACGAGGCAACCAAAUUUGACCAACAGGCCGCCAUCUCGAGUGAGAAAUCGGCCCUACACCAGCAACGCACAACGGAAUUCAUGUGUAGUCGUUGUAGCGCAGCUUUCGAGUGUCCCGAAACUUUACAGAACCAUCAAGACUGGCAUUUUGCCACUGACUUGGAAGCAGAAGAGCGAAAGCAACCCGCCUCCAAACCCUCUGCUAUUCUUCCAAACAACAAAUCUAGCGCAGCUUCAAUCAAGAAGAAGGCGCGCCAUAGUCAGCCCGAGAAAGGGCAAAGCAAACUUAAGUUUGGUUGA